AUUGCUUAAUUAUAAGUUAAAUACCCUAGCCAAUCAAAGAACCGAUUCCAGGGUCCCCCAAACAUGAAACUGUAUGUAAUCACUUAGCUCAAAAUAUAUGAUUGCAAAUUAAGAAAUCAAGUCCCACUAAUCUCUCUCCAGUGCUUUUCUUACUCUCUGUUCCAUUUUAUAAGCUCUUAUACUCUUCCUCUGCCAAAAUCCAUGCCAUAGAUAUAGUAUCAUCACUUAACUUGUCUUUUGUAGAGAAAUUUUCUCACACGUUAUAAAUAUGGUACUUCUCCUACACACCCAACAAGAAAACUCCUCAUGAGUUCUUGAACCAAGCCAUUAUUUUAGUACCAUCCCUCCCUUUCAGCUCUCACCACACAUAUAUUCAAACAUAUAUAAUGUCAAGAACAGCUGCAGACACUCUCAUUGUUGGUAGGGUAGUUGGGGAUGUUGUUGAUCCAUUCAUUCCAAGUAUAAAGAUGACUGUCACCUACAACAACAAGAGAGUCAGCAAUGGACAUGAGUUCUACCCUUCCGCAGUCGCAACCAGACCAAGAGUAGAGGUUCAAGGAGGUGAUUUGAGGGAUUUCUUUACUCUGGUGAUGACAGACCCGGAUGCUCCUGGACCUAGUGAUCCUUACUUAAGGGAGCACCUGCACUGGAUAAUAACUGACAUCCCAGGCACAACAGAUGCAACAUUUGGAAGGGAGGUGGUGAGCUAUGAGAUGCCAAGGCCUAAUAUUGGGAUCCACAGGUUCGUCUUUGUUCUGUUCAAGCAGAAACGUCGACAGACCAUUAACGCACCACCGUCAAGGGAUCACUUCAGUACCCGAGAUUUCGCCGCCGAGAAUGAUCUCGGCCUCCCUGUUGCCGUAGUCUACUUCAAUGCACAGAGAGAAACCGCUGCAAGAAGACGCUAACCCUUCUCAUGUUAGCACACUUUUAAUUAAUAAUUUGCAAAGGCUCCUUGAUUUGUCUCUGCAAUACCAUUUCUGUGUGCCCUUUGACCAUAUCCUUAUCUAGUAUUUUUGUGUCAGCUGAACUUGUGG